GCCCCUCCUCCCGUUUCCGCUGGCUGGAGCUGGGGCCGUGUCCUGCCCUACCUCAGCCGCUCCCCCAGCGCUCGGCCCCAUCAGGCCCGGCCCAGGGACGCGCGGGUUUGGUCUGUGACUUUUUCCGUGGUGUACAUCCAGUUACCUCAUCAGGAGGGACCUGCUCUCUUCAGCGACUUGUUGGCUUUGAUAUGCUCCGUGCAGGACAGAAUGCCCAGCUCUCCUCCUCCUCCUGGUGUUGAAUGCUGCUGCUUGAAAAUCGCAUCUGCUAUGGCUAAUGCUCACAAAUUUAAGAAGUGCAACAUGGCAAGAGGCUGCCUGUGUUGUUUGAAAUACAUGAUGUUCCUUUUCAAUUUAAUAUUUUGGUUAUGUGGCUGUGGUCUGCUGGGCGUGGGCAUCUGGCUGUCAGUGUCCCAAGGGAACUUUGCCACAUUUUCUCCCAGCUUUCCAUCGCUUUCAGCUGCCAACCUAGUCAUUACCAUUGGCACAGUGAUCAUGGUGACUGGCUUCCUGGGCUGCCUAGGUGCUAUCAAGGAAAACAAGUGCCUCCUGUUGAGCUUUUUCAUCGUUUUGCUGAUAAUUCUCCUGGCAGAGCUGAUAUUAGUCAUUUUAUUCUUUGUUUAUAUGGACAAGGUCAGUGAGAGUGCAAAGAAGGAUUUGAAGGAAGGUAUGAAGCUAUACAAUUCAGAAAAUAAUAUUGGACUGAAAAAUGCAUGGAAUAUCAUUCAAGCAGAGAUGAAAUGCUGUGGUGUGAAUGAUUAUACGGAUUGGUACCCAGUGCUGGGAGAAAACAUUGUUCCAGACCGAUGUUGUAAGGAAAACUCCCAAGACUGUGGACGGAACUCUACUGAAUCACUGUGGAAAAGGGGAUGUUAUGAGGAAGUUAUGAGGUGGUUUGAUGACAAUAAGCAUGUCCUUGGUUCGAUUGGGAUGUGCAUCCUCAUAAUGCAGAUUCUUGGCAUGGCCUUUUCCAUGACACUAUUCCAGCAGAUUCACAGGACUGGCAAAAAAUAUGAUGCCUAAAAGCCUCUGAAACAUUAUCACAUCAACCUUUCUGUCUCAUCAUAAAGCGAACACGAAGAAUGACUGCAAGGAGCAUCACGCCUAGCCCUGCUGAGGAAAUCCGUCCCAUUGACAGAUCCACUUCCUUGUUAGUUGUCCAGUUAUUAUCACAACUUAUUUGACUCUUUUCUUUUUUCUGUUUCACAUUUGCCAUUUAUUUGCCAAAGAGGGGGGAAACUCCCCAAACAAAUGGAUUUUCUACACGAAAUCAUAGAUCUGCUCUAAGAAUGUUUCUUAACUUAAGAAAAUGUUUUGCUCUACUAAUCCAUGCUAUACGUGCAAAAAUUAUGUGUGUUUGACUUCAAGGGAGAAUUCUUCAAAGUCUUCCAUUAGGUUUUCAACCCUUAUGUCCAAUUUACUGGAAGACUCAGAAAGGCCACUCUAACUGAGAGUCCUAGAAAUUGGAGCUGCUUUGCUUUGCAGCUUCUUGUACCUUACGGUGUAUACUUUUUUAUUAUGAUGAUGAUUAUUAUUAUGAUGAAUAUAGCUUAGAAUUUAGUUGCCUGACUUAUAACUUCUUACUGUUUUUGAUUUUACACAUUUAUUGUACAUUAAUUUGGGAACUGCUGUGCGAUCUCCAGAGGACAUGUUCUGCAACGUUGACAGUAGGUGCAGGCAAAGACAUAACUUUUCUCAAGUCUGUGGGGAGGCAGCACCUACCUUUAUCAGGGCCUUGAUGCCCUUACUGUAACAAAGGUAUUUCCUUUAAAAUCAGAGACUCUUUCCUCAGAUGGAAUGCAAAGCCUUCCCAUCAGACCAGAUGAUGAGCUUCCUACUUCUGCGAGGCAAAGUUCCAAUGCCUUUACUCACCCAAAGCGGUGCCUGGCUGCUUCAUGUUAUGCUACUUUGAAAGCUAAAAGUGCUGGCUAAGCAAGUUACUGCUGGCACAAAGGAGAGAGAUUGCAGUCUGACCUACUGGCAGCAGACUUCACUGACUGUGUUGUCUGCUUCAAAAAGUUUGCCCAAGGCAUGGCAAGCUGCUGGAUGUGAAGGAAGGGAAUGGCAAUUUGAUGGCACCAUUAUCAUGCCAUGGCCUUUGUUGUAGGGAUUUCCUCAGGCAAAAGACAGCUGUCUCCCUGAGAUAGAAAAGACAGUUUGAUUAUGAGUUGACCAGAUGAUGCAGAAAAGGGGCAAUUUCCAGAACAGCACUUAAGAGAUGGUCUGUAUUGGCACACCUUCAGUACGGAAUUGUUUUUCAUUGACAGAUCACCAAGUUCAUCCACUGGGGUAGUUUACUCAAUGCAUAUUUUUACCAACAUUCCUAUUAGAAAACUUGAAUGUGUAUUUCUCCACUUUGAAUGCUUCUUCAUUGCACGGGGCCCCCACUUACCCAUUGUUAAAAGUUUUUGCUGUUUUGGAAGGAAGAAGGAAAGACUCAGACAAUGGAGGAUGCUCUGAUUAUUACUAUUACAUUAUUGGGCUGAGUUUCAGAAACUGAAGAGGACGGAGAUUUUGUGCCUUUCAGAGCCAUGCCAUCUCAAACUACUCCUCCAGUAAACAAGAUUCUAUUAUGUCCAGUCUGAACAUGCAUACCUCAAGCUCUAAAAAGAUGUAAUUUUCAUUGUAUCACUCAGCCUAUCUUUUCCUUGUGGGCUGAAAUAGCUGUUGAACCACUUUAUAUCUGGGAGGUCUUAGUCCCCUAUUUAUCUUCCUAAUAAGCCCUGCAUGCAUCUGUACAUCUGGCAGCAAUAGUGUUUUGUGUGACCUACGUGUCACUUUUUUGAGUUCCUAUGAAAUCAGUGUGACAGGAAGGAGUGUGAAUGUGUGGGAGAUAGAGAUGAAUUUGGGUGUUGCAGUGAAGAAGAAGAUUACUAUUCUUAGAGCACAGCCCUUGCCCAUAUGAGCACAAUGCCCAAGUUUACAGGGCUCUGGUUUCACACUAAAGUAGACAAGGCCAUAUGGGUUCAGCUAUUUCACUUGGAUAACCUUUGAAGGAGUCAGGGAAGAAGCAGAGGGAAAGCACAGAAACUGAAUCCAGUUUUACUUCAAUUUCUAACAAAAAUUGGGACCAGGAGCAUCUGAGCCUCGCUGGAGAUGGCUGUUCCCUGUUGAAGAAGGGGCUCUGGUGCCCAGUGUAUCUGCUGCUACAUGUAAGACUGUAUCCAAAGUUGCUAAGAUGUGUUCCCAUUUUUGCAAGAAAAGACAGGAUGGUUUUCGUCUGAUGGCUCCACUGCAUUCUCCCUUUGGGCAGAGGUGCUUAGCUUUCUCUAGAUUUUCUGGUGCUCAAAAAGAGCCAGGUGCAGGGCUGAGUAGGAGAAUCAUCUCUGUCCUUUUGGGUCGCACAGUGGUACCUGCCGCAUCUUAAAUUUUAAUCUGCAGUCAGUUUUUGUACAAAAAUGGUAAAAUAUAUUAGUGAAAGUAAUAAGGAAAUAAAAGAUGUUUAUGAGUAACUCAGAGAUGAAAUGUGUAGUUGCAAACUCAGCUACUUUGCCUUCCAUCCAAACUUAUUUUUCUAGAAUGCUUCAUUCCAUUUCAUGAUCUAGAAGCACAGAUCCUGAAAUCUUUUUUUAAUGACUACUUUAGGCAUUUUAAGCACAGUAUUAAGUGAGAUAGUUACAUGAGCUUCAUGUAUUCAUCUCUAUGAAGCCACCUACAGGAGAGGAGUCAAAAGCAGGACUGAUUUGUGUCUCUAGCUGACUCUCUGAUGUGGGAGGUGAUGACAGACAUCCUCAAAGAAGGAGAAAGGUAAUACCACUUUCCAGGCAGCAAAAAACAGCUCUGGAAAGUGUGAGGUUGCAGCAGUCAGUUUGUCAGAGAAGACACUAAUUGUCCUGUAAUCUGGUCAAAGGGAGCUUUGGCUCAUGUAUGUAUGCACUUUUUUCGCUUAUGCUGGUGGGUGGCUGCCUGUGUGUUUUCCCCAAAUGUCACUGAUUAUUUAACUAUAAGUUUUUAGCAUGUUUUUAAAUAAAAACUGAUACUGAGUAAAUGUAUCUUUAAUAUACACAAAUAUUGAUUUGUAUAAAUGCAUACAUUCUGUAUCUCUAAUUCAUGAAAGCACAGUUCAGGUCUGUGAAAGUGCUGUUUCUCUGAGUGUUCCUGCAGACUGUAGCACACCUGCUGUCUUACUUCCUUCAUGCUCGGGAGCUGCCAUAGAAUUCAUGCAGAGACAAAACAGGAGAACUGCCUGAAGAAGUUCUGUUUGAAAGCUGAUGAAGUAUGAAUUAGCAGUGAAUUCCGCUCACUCCUGGUCAUACCAAGUCCGUUGGUUACAGGAGGCCCAGGUGGAAGGUGCUCAAAAAUAGUGCCCGCAGCUAAGUAGCAGCAUGUGAAAUGCUAAAAGACAAUGACAUAAAUUUCUCCAAGAUGACAGAAGAUGCCUUGGAUAUGUCAUGCUUUGAGUUCCUGGACUAUGGCUACGUUAGGCCAACUCUCCUAUCCUGUGUCCACCUGCUCCAUUUCUAUGCAUGAAAUAUAAAUUCACACACAGGGAGGGUGCAAGCACAGAAGGCCGCCAGAUUUAUCCUCGUGGUCCUUCCUGGGUGGCAUAUCGGUCAGGCAUAGAAAAGGCAAGGAGGAAAAUGAUGUUUUCCCAGCAGAUGGGGUUUGGGAGCAGCAUGGAAUAGGCCACACAUAAUUCUGAUGUAACUUCUUUCCAUAAGAUGAGCAGCUUCAUCCUGUAGCUGGCAUGGGGAAACCUGGAGAUGUUUGCCUCUGGGCUAGCCAUCUGUUGUGCAGUAGAGAGUAGACACUAAGAAACAACAUGCCAUUCCCACCGGGUGAUGUUUGCACCAGUGUUUCUUCUAUGCAAUACUUUCGCCUUUAUAUAAAAGAUUUUUACUAGGAUGAUAUAAAAAUAAAGGAUUUUUAAAAAGG